CUCCCGUACACCCUGCUGUUUACUGGCGGACUGUUGCUCUCCGCUUGAGAGGGGACAAGAAGCGGCUCCCUUUCGGCCUCGGUGCUCGAACCGGCACCCAUAGUAUCUCCCUUGUUUGUCAGUUCAGUUAAAAAUCCCGGUUUAACGGCUGUGUAGUAACGGGAAAUGGACGUCUUGCCGGGCUUCUCUCGAUCACACAAACAAAAACAGCCGUUUGCUUCUGUUUCUGUCACUGAAAUUUACUGCGCAUGCCCGAGCGGAAAUAGUUUGUAGUUGGAAACUGCUGUCAUUGGGCCGCCAUUUUGGCUCGUCUGCUGCGUUAGCUUGGGCGGAGCUGUUGCAGCGACCGCAGAACCGAAAUGGAGUAGAUUCAUAGUCAGGCGUUGCAUAUGUAAAAAGAAACAGUUCACUGUCAUGUGAGGUUUGUUUACUUCCGGCCGAACCUCAACUGCACGUGUAGUGAAAGCGUGUACUGCAGGUCAUGGCUGCCCCAAAACCCUUCAGCCCAGAGCAGACCCAGAGGAUUCUGGAUCAUCUGCGGCAGCCUGCAGUCUUCAUGAACAUGACCAGUGGCUGGCCUGUUCUCCGCUGGACUGCUGAGCACCUCUCUGGCUGCCUUGGUGACAAACUCAUCCAAUUCAGACUUGGCAGAAAAGAGGAGACAGACACACCUCUGUUUGAAACCCAGUGUUCCUAUGUGGAGGCCAAAGUGGAACACUUUCUCAGCUGGACCCGAGACCAGGCUGGAGCAGAUGUAGGACCUUUCAGUGAAUACCCCAACUCAGAGUAUUGGGCCUAUGCUGAUUACAAAUACAUUGCUGUAUUGUUUCAAGAUCAACCUUCCAUGUUUGAGGAUGUGAUGUGGUCUGAGUUUGGUUUUGAGGGACGUAACGGGAGAGAGAGCACCUUAUGGAUCGGCACAGAGGGGGCCAACACACCGUGCCAUCUGGACUCUUACGGCUGUAACCUGGUGCUGCAGGUACAAGGACGGAAGCGCUGGCACCUCUUCCCUCCAGAGGACACUGUGAACCUGUACCCAACCAGGAUCCCCUAUGAGGAGUCCAGUGUCUUCAGCCAGGUGGAUGUUCUGCGCCCAGACCUGACGAGAUUCCCUGCGUUUCAUGCAGCCAGGGCCCAUGUUGUCACUCUGCAGCCAGGCCAGGUGCUUUAUGUUCCCAGACACUGGUGGCACUAUGUGGAGUCAUUGGAUCCCAUCACUGUCAGCAUCAACUCCUGGAUCGAACUGGAGGUGGAUGACGUGGCAAGAGUUGGAGAAGCUGUGACCAAGGCUGUCGUCUGUGCACUUAAAACCACACCAAGUGAUGACAACACUGACGACUGGCUCAAUCCCACUGAGGAAGGAGUAGCACCCCAUAAUGAGAACAUGCAGUGUUUGAACCUGGCAGUGAGAGCUUGUGCUCAGAGACACAGAGGCUUCAGCCACAGCGAGUUGACCCAGGACCCAAGACACACCUGUCCAGUCAAGCGGGACUCCAGAGGACAAAUAAAGAAAAACACAGAUUUGGUCAGGGAUUCUGCUGUGCCCUUCCGUAUUCCCUUUGGUUCACAUCUCAUCCCUGUAUGCUGUCAGCAAGAGCACUCCCCAGAAACCACAAAAGAUGUGGAGGUCAAAUCUUCCAGGAACUGUGACGUCAAAUCUCAAGAGGACUGCACUGACGGCUCAGAUGCAGCUCCGAGAACCAGGGAACAUCAGGGACAGCAUGAAUGUAGCGAUGGUUUAACUCAAUAUAGAUCACGUGACUGUGCAGAUGGGACAUUAGAGCACUCUUCAGGGGAUUAUGAGAAACCAAUACACACAACAAUAACCACUAAUGACCUGUUAGACUGCCUGGUACAUCCUGAUAUCAUCACCCGAGUCACUGAGCUUUUACUGGAGAGGCACACAGGAAGUCACAAAACAACUACACCAUCCUAGCUUUCAUACUCGCCAGCUGCAAACAACCGAUAAUAAGCCCAGGGAGGAAAACAGUCUUUAGUUUAAGCUUUUCUACUAUGUUUGUCUCACUGGAGUUCACAGUGAUAAAGAGCUGUGAAAAAGGCUAAAGAUCUUUAGCUGCAGAAAUCCAUCCUCCAAGGUACCGGUAAUGCUCUGGUGUCAGUACGAAGUGAGAUGACAGAUGAUUUUCUUCUCUCAUCUGUCAAGUUCCCCUGAGAUUAACCCCCGGAUGUGAGAAGUCACAACCAAAACAAAUCGCAAUGCGAUGAGUGACGCAAUCAGGCAGCUCUAACAUUUCCCUGUAAUGUUGUCCCGCACAUACUAAUCCUGUUUAGUUCCUCCGGAGUAAGAAAAAUGGCCACUUAAAUCAAUUUAGUAUGCUUAUAAGGCACAUAAUUCAACAUUAUAAUCCUGAGAUGUGAACAUUUGUUUUGGGCAUAAUGUUUUCCUGUCAUUUACUAAUGAAAAUUGUCAUUGAACAAACCACAGCAGGCUGAUCGUAAUGGUUUGGUGAUUGAUGGAAGCCUUGUAAGGACCGAUGGAUGAAAUGGGUCUGUUGGAACCAGUCUGCCGCCACAGGUCACAGAUGUCCGACAGAAAGCAAGGUCGCACAUGUACAACAACAAUAAAUGUUAUUUUUUGUAAAAUGUUGUGUCGUUGUUCCGCACUU